AUCAGAUGAAUAAGAGAGAUUGGAUCCAAGAGAGUGAUCAGAACUCAAAACUGUUCUUCUCAUGGAUCAAAAAAAAGAAGACUCCAAAACCAAGUAUUAACUAUUAAGAAUGAGAUGGGGCAAUUAGUGGAAGGGGAUAAGAAGGUGGCAGAGACACUGGUUAGCUACUUCCAGGAUCUAAUAGGCACUCAAUCUGAUAUAGAAGAUGUAGACAUGGAAGCCAUGAAGGAAGGCACAAGUCUGAAUAUAGACCAACAGCUCACUCUUAUAGUAGAAGUGAAAAGGAUACAGGUGAAGGAAGCUCUGUUCAGUAUCCUUAAUUCAAAAAGCCCUGGCCCAGAUGGUUUUAGUAGUGGAUUCUUUAAGAAUCAAUGGGAAGUUGUAGGGGAGCUAAUUACUGAGGCUAUCCUGGACUUCUUCAAAGGGAAAUUUCUAAGACAAAUUAAUGCUACAUCCCUCACAGUGAUUCCUAAAGUGGAGCCACCAAAGAUGGCUAAUGAUUAUAGACCAAUAGCUUGUUGUAAUGUGGUAUAUAAAGCCAUUUCAAAAAUACUGUGCAGCAAAUUGAAGGAGAUUCUCCCAGUACGGAUUAAUGGAGAAAGCUAUGAGUUCUUUAAGGGGAAGAAAGGACUCAGACAAGGAGACCCUAUUUCCCCUAUGCUCUUUAUUUUAGUCAUGGAGUACCUUAAUAGGCUGCUUCAACAGAUGGCAAAAGACAAAAGAUUCAAAUUUCACCCCAUGAGCAGAUCUUUAAAACUGGUAAAUUUGAGUUUUGCAGAUGACCUAAUCAUAGUAUGCAAGGCUGAGGAGGAGUCUCUGAAUUGUAUUAUGGAGGUUAUGAGGAAAUUCCAGAAGUCUACAGGUUUGGGCAUUAACUACACCAAAUCACAAAUUAUUUUUGGAGGUGUGGACAAGAAGGACCAAGAGCAUUUCCUGAAGCUAACCAAUCUGCCCUUUGGUGAGCUUCCAAUCAGAUACCUUAGAAGUCCAAUUUCUGCAGGUAGUCUGGAGGAUGCUGAUCAUCUCUUUAGCACCUGUCCUCUCACUAAGUCUUUGCUAAUGAAAAUCUCUGACUGGUUGGAGAUUAGGAUGGAGGGCAAUAGUGUUCAAGACAUCAGAGAAAACCUGAUGAGAGUCCGAGGGAGAAGAAGGGAUAGAGGCAUUAGUGCUUUUGUAGCUACAUGCUACCAUAAACAGGAGCAGCCACAGCUAAAAGUAAUGUAUAACAGCAUCCUUCUUUGUCUGACAGCUUAUUGGGGGAAGGGGCCGAAGAAAUAGUUUUUGCACUAUAUUUGAAAAUGUUUAUGUGAUGGUUUUAAACAUAUUUUGUGAGUGCUUUUGAGCUUGUGAAUAUAGGUAUAUAAAGUCAUAUCCUUACAUUGGUUUCUACCUAUAUUCUACGCUAGUUUAGUGUUUCGACUUCAUUCUUGAGUACCGAAUCUUAAUGGAUUCUUGUUUUCCUGAAACACUUAAACAAACGUUAAGCUCUUAUAUUGUUU